AUGGAAUCGAUUGAGAACUCCAGAAGCACUAACUUUCGGUUCUCACUAAUUAAUAAAUGCUUUAAGGAUGGGGGUGUUGAAAGUGAUGGUGAUAUACUACAGCAGAUUCUUCAAUCUAAAACUGACAUUGACAUAUGGAAGCUGAAAACUGUAGCAUGGAAGUUAUGCAUUCUCCACUCAUACAGAUGUCAGUGUUAUAGAUAUCUUUUGGGGAUUAGUAGUGCUUACACAGAGUCCCGUGAUGUGAUAGAAAAACACAGGGAAGAAGAGGCUCAUGUUCUUUUGAAGUGUCUACAAACAAUGCGGAUAUACGAGGGAACAAUUGAAAAUGAUAAAUUGAUGCCUACAUCUUGGGAUAUAGUCCAGAUGAUAUUGAUACUACGUCGUGAAUUACCCAUAGAAAAGAUAAAAUCAUUAAAAAAUAUUGAGAACAAUCUAGUCGUGUCGACUGUAAAAGCUAUAGUGCGAUGUAUUGACCUAUUAUGUCAUGAUGACUGGAUGAACUUAUUCCACAUAUCCAGAGAACUGAUAAACACAUUGGAUGAAACCUUCCAUCCAGUGAAACUAUCUCAAACCAUAGCUGAGAUCAGAGAAGAAGUUGAGAGCCGGCUAGGAAUGGAGCCGGAGGAAUUCCUUAUUUUUAUGAACGAUUUCUCUUUAGAACUCAUACUCAAAACUGGUUGCUGUGAAAUCCUUCACAGCGAGAAAGCCAUAUUCAAAGUUUUGGAUAAGGUGUGUACGAAACAGGCGUUCGUGCCUCUACUUCGUGAUUUAAUAAUUGAAUAUAUAACCCAUGUAGAUAGAGUACAAAGAACAGCUUCGAUAACUAAGGUGAGGAACCGACAGUUAUCGAGAGACGACGAGAUAAAGCUAGUGAAUGCAGCGAUUGAUGCUGCCAUAAACGAGAAGGGUUCAUCAAGAAGCACUCAAAAAUCUUCGAAUGCAAGUUUAAUAGAAAAUAAUUACUCGAGCAGUAUAAGUAACUUGAAUGCGGCUCUUUAA